AUUUGUCUAGAACAGAAUAGUCUCUUUUUUUUCAAUCUACGUUCCAUUCAAACCUACACUGUAAGAUGUCUAGCGAUAUGAAAGCAGCGAUUGAAAAAAGAUUCCAAGAACUUGUCACUUUGUAUAACGCCGGUGAUUUCACUACUAUGGUAACCAAGUGCUACACUCCUGACUGUAAAACACUGUCUCCGGGAAAAGAGGUGGAAAUUGGACAUCAACUGUUAAUCAGUGCGUGUGAAAGCCUAGUGAAGACUGGGCUGAAGUCGUACAAAGUGCAGUCGUUAGAUAUUGAGGGGAGCCCAGAUGGCGGAAUGGUCUACUCCAUAGCUCGCAACCAAACGUUCAAGGACGACGGCACUGAAGGUCUGUUUUACAACGAAGCUAUCAUAUGGAAGAAAAUAGACGGCGCCUACUACGCCCAUGUUGACAUCUGGAAUUCCUAAAGAAAUAAUAAAUACAUUUGUCAGUGAUAUGAUUUCGUGAUGUGUGGUCAGUGGUUAUACGUAUAUUUAAAGUCAUUGUAACACAAUUUAAACCUUUGAGCGUCAAAGUCGAUGAAUUUUCCUCACCAUUGGCAAAAUAAAAUACAAUUUUCCAUAAUUUAGACCUGCAUCUAAUAGAAAAUUAUGUUAUUUUGGC